GGGGCUGUAAACUGCGUAACGGUUCAAAAGUCCGGAGCCAACGAGCUUCUUCACUGUCAGUAUAAACCUAGGAAGCCAUCGAGACCUGGUUUUCAUUUCGCGGUAAUCCAGAAUCCUUUCUUUUGUAACUUCGCAAUUCUAUAGUGCCUUGUAAGCUUAAAACUGAUAACUACUUUGGCCCCUUCUGAAUCAUACAUUAUUGGAGCAGUGUGGAAGGUCUAGAAUCCAAACAGGGAAUACAGGUGCUCAACUGCUCAUGCAUUAAAUUGACAUGAAGGUUUCUCAGGAUUCACGAGCUGCGAAAGAUAUACACUUCUCAACACAGUCAUCAUUGGGGCCAUCUGGUGACCAGCAAAAUAACACACCAGAUAUUCCACCAGUCAAUGCUGCUCCUGCUUCUACUUCAAACAACAAGCCCAGGAGAGUUCCACUUGCAGAAAUUGAACUAGUAAAGAAUUUGAUCGAAAGGUGUCUGCAGCUCUAUAUGAAUAGAGAUGAGAUAAUAAAUACACUCCAGUGUCGAGCCAAAAUUGAGCCUGGGGUUACAAGUGGGGUAUUGGCUUAUUUGGAAGAAAAAAAUCCCAACUUUUUUGAAGCCUACCAUGUUAGGCUAAAGUUGAAGAGACAAAUCAUUGUGUUCAAUCAAUUACUGGAGCAUCAAUACCAGUUGAUGGAGUGCGCAUCUCCAAUGGUGCCACUGGCUUCCAUGCAAAAUAGGAUUUAUGACUUGCCUGUUAACCGUCUACAUAUGAGAUACCCCACUCUGCAGCAGCCUCUGAUUCAACCACCAGUUCAUCCCCAGAUUGACUCUUUAGGCAGUGGUUCUGGAUGUCACAUGAUAAAUGGAGUUUCUGAUUGGACCAAUUUCUGUCCUAUACAAAUAAAAUCUGUCAACCGGAUGAUGAUGGACAGAAUUGCAGCCGAUACAUUACCCCCGUUACCCACUGGCGGUGUCAAUUCAGAUAUUGCAAUGAAUCCUGUAUCAGUAGCUUCUGGUGGCCAUUUUCAAUUUUCAUCGGAUUUGAGUUCGGACGCAUCAGCUAUGGAGUCUCAGUAUCUAUUUCAGGGGCUUGGUAGCCAAUGGUCACUGCCUGAUGAUCAAACUGGAAAUCAACUGGAGUUUCAUAAUCCUGCAUCUCAAGUUCCUUGGACUUCUAGUUUCUCAGAUUUGACUGCAGUCGUCUCAAAUGUGGGAGGUUCUAUUACAAAAGCAUGUGUAAAAGAUAAAGCUGAGUUGGGAAAUUAUACACAGUCCCCCUUUCUGCAAGCUGGCCCAGAUGUUCUACUUAACUCAGGGGUGCAUACUGAUGUAGAUACAUUUAUUGUCAAUUCAAGUACUCGCCCAGCCACUUAUCCGCAGGAGAAACGUUAAGGCAUUCUGGUUUCCUUUCCACCCUUUGAUUCAAGUUGAUGACAGUUGAGUGACCAGAUUCUGGUUCUCUGCAAUAAUCUCCUACUCGCGGAAGUCUAUAUUGACGUGAACUUUUCUGGUCUUCCUUCCUCAUUAGAAGACGGAACUUGCUGGCUUAACAUUGCACAAGCCGAUGAGACUGAGUCGCGGAACAAUGUUGCAUAUAAGCAGAUUGGCCUACAUCUUCAGUACCAGAUGUCUGGUUUCAUGCAUGAAAUAGUUUUUUUUUGGUCUUGCAAGACAGGACCAUGUGACUGGAAGAUAAAAUAAGGACUUCAAACUUUCCCCGCAAGGACAAGUAUUGACCAUUUCUUGCCACUUGAGCUACAUGAGCUGGUGUAUGGUGGACACUGGAAAAUAUGGAAGCACUAUUCUUGAAUCUGGUUCUCUGGCUCGAGGAUCUUCUCGACGGCAAUUAAGGCAAUCAUAUGAAAUGUGCUGGGCUUCAUAUAUUUUUUUUGAAUUGCUUGUAUUAACUAAAUUCUUCAAGUCAAAACAUUUUUUACUUGUUUGAAGUGCUACUAUUUAUAUCAUUGAAGUCGUGAUGAAUCAGAUAUGAGACUCUGACUACUAUGUUGAUUUUGCUUU